GAAGCAGUGAAGGCCGUGAAGCACCAACCGCAAGUCCGCAACAGCCCAACACAGACGGGGGACCUGGAGAGAUCUGAAUUCCGCAGUUCCGCACACACUGGCCUCCCCCGCCUCUCCCCACCGAUGGAGAUCCCCACCGCCGUCAUCCACCGCCUCCAGUCCUCGCUCCGGGAGGCCGCCGCCGCCGCCGCCCUCGACGCCACGCCCGCCCCUCCCGUCCCCUCCGUCGCGGACGCCGUCUCAGCCUUCGACUCGGGCGCCUCCGCCCCCGUCCCGGCGGAGCUCCGGUGCGGGCGCUGCGGCGCCGCGGGAGGAUUCCUCCGCGGCGCGCAGUCCACCCUCUGCGCCUACUGCGGGUCCCCCAGGCGCGGGGAGGGCGAAGGCGGCGGCAUCGCAUUCCGCGACGGAGCGGCCUACCGGUGGCUGCUCGGCUCGCUCGGGCUCGACGGAUCCGAACCUGUAGAAUUUGAGAAUGAAACUAGGAGUUCAAAUAAAAGCAACGAAGCACCAAAGAGUGGGAUGAUCCUAUCUGAUCUGCUGGAUUUGAAACUGACUUACCUCCCUGAGAUUAAGGAAACACCUGCAAGUUUCAUAAGCAAGGAACAGCCAUCUGCCGCGUAUACGCCAGAUUUUUCUGGUGCUAACCUAGACUCAUUUUUCAUUGAAAGGAAAGAGGAGACAACUGCUGCUUCUGCUGCUCUUCCUCAAACUCACACUGUGGUACAGGAAAACCAAACAACAGAUAGCAAAAGGCUUGAAUCUUCUAGAUCAGAAAUGCUUGUUACAUCUACAGGCUUAAUGAGUUCUCAAAGAACAAACCAGAUAGAAGCCACUCCAGCAUUCGCAAAUUGGGAUGCUGAAUUUCAAUCUACUAGCUCGGUAAGUGCUGCCGGAGACUCCAAGCAACUUGAUUUAUUUCAGAGCACUCCAGCUGCUGCAUCCUUUAGUUUUCCUGCCGCUGGGACUGCCAUCAACUCGGCAGUAGGUACUGGAAAUAAAACAAACGUGAAAAGCACCAUCCUAGAACAUUCAGAAGAUUUGGCUUCAGCAGAUGGCACAAUAGUUAAAGAUAACCUUUCUAAUCAAAAGGUUGUCCAGCCUAUCUUGGAGAGCAACAGCGGAAUCGUUCCUGAAAACAGUGUUCCUGACUUUGCUGAAUCCGCUCUUAACAUGAAUUCUCUUAAGAGCAAUCAAUUGCUUGAAAGGGAGGAUACUGGAGUCAACGAUGGUGAAGCUUUUGACGACUGGCAAGAAUUUACAGGAGGUGGUAAUCAGGGCAGCUCAUCAAGUGAAGGAGAACAUAAAGAGGUGCCUUUAAAGGGAGAUUCCUCCGAAAUAAAAACAGUAGAUCUCUGGGCAUUAGGAAGUGUGGAAUCACCCAAUAAUGUUAAUGGUGACUCAUCCGAUGAUUGGCAAGCCUUUGCCUCUAGUUCCGGUCAAGGGGGAGAAGAUUUGGUGACACCGGCGGAGGGAUCAACAAGUGGUCAAGGAGGAGGUUUGGUGAGACUGGUUGGAGAAACAAGUAGCACCUCAUUUGAAAAUCCUUCUAUAUCUGUUGAUUUAUGGCCUGUGGGCAAUGCUGGCAAACGCAGCACUUCAGAAAUGGUGAAGGAAACAAAUGAUACUUUUGAUGAUUGGCAAGAUUUUGCUACUUCUGGUCAAGUGCAUAUCGCUUCAUUCAAUCAAGCUAGAGACAUGAUGGAAGAUUCAACAGUCAGUCACAAAGAAAUAGAUUUGGACUCCUGGUUCAUGGGAGAUAGUAGGGAAGCAAGAAAUGCUAAUUUAGCGAAUGGAAAUAAUGCCAUGUUGAACGAUUGUCAAGGUUUCACUAGUUCAGACCAAUCACAGACAAAUUCAUCAAAUAUAGGUGGGGAUAUGAUGAAUCUUUCAUUUGAGCAGCAUGAAGCUACUGAUUCUGUGCAGUCGUGGGUAAAUGGCAGCAACAAGGAAGCUACAAACAUAACCUCAACAUAUAUAGAAAGCGAUGCUUUUGAUAUUUGGCAAGAUUUUGCCAAAUCAGGUCAUCAGCAGGAAAAUAUGUCUAAUAUUGAGAGAGAAGCGGCUAGUGUCUCACCUGAGCCAGCUAAAGAAAUUGAUGCCAUGGGUUUGUGGCUAACCAGCAACUUCAAGGAAUCUAACAACAAUGAAGGUGUUAGGAGAAUUGAUGACUCAUCUGACGGAUGGCAGGAUUUGGCUAGUUUUGGUCCAGCACAAAGAAGUACUAAACUUCCUGGGGAAGGACACCUUGUGAAAGAUCCGCCAGGAACCGAAACUCUGGACUUGUGGGCCUCAAGUCAUGCAAAGGAAAAGAACGUUGAACAGAUAAAUGAAAAUAAUGAUCCAUGUGAUGACUGGCAAGAUUUCAAAAACUCUGGGGAGACAAGUUUACAGGUUUUUUCAGAUGCUUUGUCACUUGAUAGACCCUCAGCAUCAAGGCCUGAUGCUCUAGUAGGGCUGGAGUUAGGGAGCUUUUCGCAAUUAGCUUCAUCCCAAAACCAAAAAGAUGGAAAGGAGAGUUCUAAUGUAGCACAAGCAAUUCCAUUUGAUGAACACUUAAAAAGCACGAACAUAAUGCAGCAGAUGGGCAAUGUUGAUUCACUAUCUGCAAUAUGGCCAACUAAAGGUCGUGACAAUGAUGCUAUUUUGAAACCAGAGUCUGUUGAUGCAAAUGUAGAAAAGGUGCUCUCUCAGAUGCAUGAUCUGUCCUUUAUGCUGAAAGAUGAACUCUCAGUCCCUGAUAAACCUGUGGAUCAUUCGAAGUCCUGAAGUUCACAGCAGCAACUGUACUUUGCUACUGUCUCCUAAGGCAGUUUAAUAUUGGAAUUCCAGCCUUUUGCUUGCUGAAAUAAACACACCAAAUAUCACCGAGUGCAAAAUGCAAGUCGCGAAAAACCUUGUUUUUCUAA